AUCCCCGCUCUGUCCCCGCUCUAUCCCCGCUCUAUCCCCACUCUGUCCCGGUUCUAUCCCCGCUCUGUCCCGGUUCUAUCCCCGCUCUCUCUCCGCACUGUCCCGGUUCUAUCCCCGCUCUCUCUCCGCACUGUCCCGGUUCUAUCCCCGCUCUGUCCCGGUUCUCUAUCCCCGCUCUCUCCCCGCUGCAGCGCUGCCCUCCGCCCGCCAGGGGUCGCGGCUCUGCGGGAGCGGCGGUGCAGCCGGAAGCGGAAGCAGAAGCGCUGCCGGCUCCUCUUCCGGGCGGGCGGCGCAGCGGCGGCAGCGGCCAAAAUGAAGUUCAACCCCUUUGUGACCUCGGACCGCAGCAAGAACCGCAAAAGGCAUUUCAAUGCCCCCUCCCACAUCCGCAGGAAAAUCAUGUCCUCGCCCCUGUCCAAGGAGCUGCGGCAGAAGUACAACGUGCGCUCCAUGCCCAUCCGCAAGGACGACGAGGUGCAGGUGGUGCGAGGACACUACAAGGGGCAGCAGAUCGGGAAGGUGGUGCAGGUGUACAGGAAGAAAUACGUGAUCUACAUCGAGCGCGUGCAGCGGGAGAAGGCCAACGGCACCACCGUGCACGUGGGCAUCCACCCCAGCAAGGUGGUGAUCACCAGGCUAAAGCUGGACAAGGACCGCAAGAAGAUCUUGGAGCGCAAGGCCAAGUCCCGCCAGGUGGGCAAGGAGAAGGGCAAGUACAAGGAGGAGACCAUCGAGAAGAUGCAAGAAUAGAUCCUUUCCUGAUUGACACCAUUAAAAAAACUGCCAAAAUUCA